AAGUACCUAGGUAGUACCCGGUACUCUCAUACCUUAUUUAGAACUGGAGGAAUACAUCUACUACCUAACUAUUCAAUAGGUAGUAACUAUACAGGUAUAUACUACAGGUACCUAUAUAAACAACAGCUGUACUAUUACCAGUUGCCUGCAUACAGUUUGUUGAGGUCAUCAGGUGAUACUAAAUAAGCGCUUUCUUUACCUUCACUCAACAGUCAACACUUUGACUCACCCCUCUCCCCUCUCUUUUUCUUCUCUUCUUCCUUUCAAUUCCUCUCUCCAACUCCUUCAAUUCUAUCAUGUCUCGUCUACCUCUCCGUCUCGCCCGUUCCUACGGCACUGUCGUUCAGUCCUCCCCCUCCAACCGAUUGCCCCUCGUCCUACAGCAGGCUACCGAGGCCUCUGCCCCGCGCACCGACUGGACCCGCGAUGAGGUCCAACAGAUCUACCAGUCACCGCUGGUGCAAUUGACUCACGCUGCAGUAAAAAGAUAUAUGUAUAUAUACAUACAUGUAUUUAUUUAUGGAAUUGUCCACCGACGCUUCCACGACCCCGCAGCCAUCCAGCUAUGCACGCUGAUGAACAUUAAAACAGGCGGCUGCUCCGAGGACUGCUCGUACUGCGCCCAGUCGUCACGCUACCAGACCGGACUUCAAGCGACCAAGAUGUCGCCGGUGGAGGAGGUGUUGACGCAGGCGCGGCGGGCGCGAGACAACGGGUCGACUCGCUUCUGCAUGGGGGCGGCGUGGCGGGACAUGCGCGGGCGCAAAUCGGCCCUCCGCAACAUCAAGGAGAUGGUGAGCGGCGUGCGGGCGAUGGGGAUGGAGGUGUGCGUGACGUUGGGGAUGAUCGAUAGCAACCAGGCGCAGGAGUUGAAGGCUGCGGGCCUCACGGCGUAUAACCAUAACCUCGACACCUCGCGCGAGUUCUACCCGAACGUGAUCACCACACGCUCGUACGACGACCGUCUGCAGACGCUGAGCCAUGUGCGAGACGCGGGCAUCAACGUCUGCUCCGGCGGUAUCCUGGGUCUCGGCGAGGCCGACUCCGACCGUAUCGGGCUGGUCCAUACCGUCGGCUCCUUACCCGCCCAUCCAGAGUCCUUCCCCGUCAACGCUCUGGUUCCCAUCCCAGGCACCCCGCUGGGAGACCGUCGCAUGAUUCCCUUUGCCACCCUGCUGCGCACCAUUGCCACCGCCCGCAUCGUCCUGCCCGCGACCAUUGUCCGUCUGGCUGCCGGGCGCAUCGCCCUCUCCGAGGAGCAGCAGAUCCAGUGUUUCCAGGCCGGCGCCAACGCCGUCUUCACCGGCGAGAAGAUGUUGACCACCGACUGUUCAGGGUGGGAUGAGGAUAAGGAGAUGUUCGACCGGUGGGGGUACUAUCCUAUGAAAAGCUUCGAGAAGACAGAGUCAGUCUAGCUAUUAAUAAUAAGAUCUUGAGU